AUGUAUCCUCCAGAGUUUAUGUUCCAUGAUAUAUCGAGCGGCGAAACCCUGCAAACCAAUCCAUUGCAUAACCAAAAGUCUAGUCCAAUUCUCCAAAAGGUUGAUUAUGCUGAAGCUUUCACUUGCGUCUACCAUGAUAGCCCCCCAAGCUCUUCUCCACCUAGCAGCCUUUGUCCCUUGUCACCCCCAACAUCUGUCACUUCCUUUGGACAUGCCGAUGUCGGUCCACCUACUAUGAAAAGGCGGGGUGGAAUACAUCAUUCAAAACAGAUUUCGCAGUCCAGCUACCACCCUUAUGUCUGGAGGGUUCCCCCCACUCCACAGGCUGAGCGUAAGAUGGCAAGCGUGAUGGGAAGAUUGACUGGCAGUACAGAUUCGGACCUUGACGAUGAUACAGCUUGCAAAAUAUUUUCUCAGGGCUUGCAGUGGUUGUCCUCUGAAGGUAUUCGCCGUGCUGCUUAUUACAAGGAAGCAGAACUUGAACACCACCGGCAUCUUUCAAUGGCUUUGGUUUGGGAGGCAGAGAAGCUCUCGAGGCUCAAAAAAUUCAUUGAUUGUGAGCAGCAGGAGCAGGAGGAACAAACCACUCGGGCAUUUGAGGAGGCAGCGCUCUUUGUACGCAUGGUGGCUGAUCGUGACACAGAGCGUGCUUCCCAGGAUCUCGAGUUCAUCACUUCAAUUCAACAGGAAGAGGCGGCAAGGGUCAAACAGUUGAAUGAUGAGCUUGAUGAGCUCGAUAUAUUCCUUCCCUUGGACCUACCAACUUCGGACUUUGAAGGACAGGGCCAAAGUGAAUCAAAGUAG